AUGCAGAAUGAAAUUCCGCCAACGUAUGUCCCUUCAUAUUGGAGUACGGACCAGGAGAAGCUUAGCGAUGCGGAUUCCUUCACAAAGUGCAUCCAGGACGCUGCAAGGGAAACGCUUCCGGUUCUAUUGCCGCGGAAGAAGUUUGCCUUUGCAUCUGCGCAAACAAAAUCCACAUACAAUUCUGUAUGUGUCGCGCGCAGCGCUGGUGACUUCAACCAGGAAAAGCGUCUUAGAAGGAAGCUGCGUCGUCAACUGCAACAAGACCGCGAUAACGAGUGGACGUCAAGAGCGAAGGAGUUUGAAAACGCGUAG